AUGGUAGUAUUUCGUGAGAAGAAGCUGGUGAGAUCUACUCAGCCACUCAUUCACAGAACACAGACUCCACAGAAAGACCCCUCCACGGCAGACGCGACAGAUACCGACCCCGCGACAGAUACCGACCCCGCGACAGAUACCGACCCCGCGACAGAUACCGACCCCGCGACAGAUACCGACCCCGCGACAGAUACCGACCCCGCGACAGAUACCGACCCCGCGACAGAUACCGACCCCGCGACAGAUACCGACCCCGCGACAGAUACCGACCCCGCGACAGAUACCGACCCCGCGACAGAUACCGACCCCGCGACAGAUACCGACCCCGCGAAAGAUACCGACCCCGCGAAAGAUACCGACCCCGCGAAAGAUACCGACCCCGCGAAAGAUACCGACCCCGCGAAAGAUACCGACCCCGCGAAAGAUACCGACCCCGCGAAAGAUACCGACCCCGCGAAAGAUACCGACCCCGCGAAAGAUACCGACCCCGCGAAAGAUACCGACCCCGCGAAAGAUACCGACCCCGCGAAAGAUACCGACCCCGCGAAAGAUACCGACCCCGCGAAAGAUACCGACCCCGCGAAAGAUACCGACCCCGCGAAAGAUACCGACCCCGCGAAAGAUACCGACCCCGCGAAAGAUACCGACCCCGCGAAAGAUACCGACCCCGCGAAAGAUACCGACCCCGCGAAAGAUACCGACCCCGCGAAAGAUACCGACCCCGCGAAAGAUACCGACCCCGCGAAAGAUACCGACCCCGCGAAAGAUACCGACCCCGCGAAAGAUACCGACCCCGCGAAAGAUACCGACCCCGCGAAAGAUACCGACCCCGCGAAAGAUACCGACCCCGCGAAAGAUACCGACCCCGCGAAAGAUACCGACCCCGCGAAAGAUACCGACCCCGCGAAAGAUACCGACCCCGCGAAAGAUACCGACCCCGCGAAAGAUACCGACCCCGCGAAAGAUACCGACCCCGCGAAAGAUACCGACCCCGCGAAAGAUACCGACCCCGCGAAAGAUACCGACCCCGCGAAAGAUACCGACCCCGCGAAAGAUACCGACCCCGCGAAAGAUACCGACCCCGCGAAAGAUACCGACCCCGCGAAAGAUACCGACCCCGCGAAAGAUACCGACCCCGCGAAAGAUACCGACCCCGCGAAAGAUACCGACCCCGCGAAAGAUACCGACCCCGCGAAAGAUACCGACCCCGCGAAAGAUACCGACCCCGCGAAAGAUACCGACCCCGCGAAAGAUACCGACCCCGCGAAAGAUACCGACCCCGCGAAAGAUACCGACCCCGCGAAAGAUACCGACCCCGCGAAAGAUACCGACCCCGCGAAAGAUACCGACCCCGCGAAAGAUACCGACCCCGCGAAAGAUACCGACCCCGCGAAAGAUACCGACCCCGCGAAAGAUACCGACCCCGCGAAAGAUACCGACCCCGCGAAAGAUACCGACCCCGCGAAAGAUACCGACCCCGCGAAAGAUACCGACCCCGCGAAAGAUACCGACCCCGCGAAAGAUACCGACCCCGCGAAAGAUACCGACCCCGCGAAAGAUACCGACCCCGCGAAAGAUACCGACCCCGCGAAAGAUACCGACCCCGCGAAAGAUACCGACCCCGCGAAAGAUACCGACCCCGCGAAAGAUACCGACCCCGCGAAAGAUACCGACCCCGCGAAAGAUACCGACCCCGCGAAAGAUACCGACCCCGCGAAAGAUAUCGACCUCACGAAAGAUAUCAAUCUCGCGAAAGAUAUGGAUCUCGCGAAAAAUAUGGACCUCCAAAAAAUAUGGAUCUCCCGAAAUAUAUGGAUCAGUGGUGUAAAAACUGUAGAACAAUAA